AUGUCUUCGCAGAAUUUUCGGGAUAUCCGAGUGCGGGAAGCUCCCAUCUAUCGUCUCUCAGAAGAUGUCCUGCAAGCCAUUUUCAAAACUGGCUGGUCGAGCGGGCGCUCUAUGGGAGGAAGUCCUGUGUUCACUCUUGCCGUUGCGUCCGUCUGCCGCUUCUGGAGAGGAGUAGCAGUCGAUACUUCUCUGUUGUGGACAACGAUCGUCGUGAAUACCACCUCCAUGCGUGACCCAGGAUUCCUUCAUUCUUUCAUUGCGCGUUCAGGUUCCCGCGGUCUGGACAUCGUCCUUGCCAACCACUCUUGUGUUCCAAUAGAUCAUGCUUACGAAGUAUCGAUGGCGAUGCGGCACUUGAAGAUCCUGCUCGCAUACGUUAAACGAUGGCGCACAUUCUCGUUCUCCACAGCAUCUGAUUCGACACUGGCGCGGAUCGUCUCUUCUCUGCGAGGCAGUGCGGAUAUCCUGGAAGAGCUCCAGGUUACCUAUUCAAAGGGUGGCCAUCUCAUCCUCCCCCAAAACACGCCUUUCGAUGUCAGCUUCACAGCACCAAAACUGCGCCAGUUGAUUCUGGAGAAUGCCUGCUGUCUUUCUCAUUAUUCAGGACAGAACUUUCCUGUGCUGGAGCGACUCAUGCUUGAUCAUUCUGUUUCUCCGCCCGGCGACUACGACGAGAUGUACGUAGCAGAACUACUGCAACCUCUGCGAAAUCUCCGAUACCUGAACUUCGAGGAAGAUGUUGGCGUGCAGUUCGAUUGGGAAGGCAUGGAGAGGGUGUCACUGGAGCCUCUAGAAGAGAUUGUAUUCACACGCAUGCGCGUCUGUGCCAUCUCCAACCUCCUCUCUGUUCUAGAGGCUCCACGUCUCACGCGAAUAUCUUGCUGCAACCUGGAGGACAUGGGUGAUCUAGGCGAAGAUGAAGAAUUCAUCGCACACCAUGCAGUCCACUUCCCGUCUCUUCGCACACUGUCUCUCAUCGGCUGCCUCCAAAAUGCUCACGACUGCGUCAAGAUUUCUUCCUUGGCUCGCGAUUUCGAGCAUCUCAAUAUCUCAGGGCUGAAUAUCUGCAGCAUCAACAAUGUCGUCGAUUAUGCUGGAACCGACAGCGGUCCUGUUGCAUGGCCUUUCACCCGGCUCUCGUCCAUAAACAUUCGAAGUGAUGCAGGCGUCUCAAUCAGGGGGCUUCACAAGAUGGUUGAAGCGCGGCAUGAAGCCCGUGCAAAGGAGAAGCCGCCUGCCGUGAUCGACGAACUGUAUGUUUACACUUCUCAGCGUAUAUCUGAAGAGGAUCGUGCAUGGUUGGAGGGCAUGGUUCGAGUAUUCGAAUGGUCGCCGGUCGAUGGUAAAGUCGCAGACGGAUCGCUCUCUCUGUCCUUCGUCCCCAAGUGA